AAAACAAAGGUGGGAGUCGGUGGUUAAAAACAGUUAGGUGGCUGUGGCUGCUUAAAACAAUUUUAGAAAUGAAAAUUUGUUCGUUGAAAUCUGUGGAUAAAAGCAAGGAAAACAGGGUAGAGUAGAGUAGAGUAUUGAGUGUUGAAGUGAAGGGGGGGAAUGGCGACAGCAGAGAACAAACAAGUGGUGCUGAAAAGGUACGUAGAGGGAGCACCGAAAGUGACAGACAUGGAAAUGAAGAUAGGGAAGAUAGAGCUGAAGGCUCCCAAAGGCUCGGGUGCUUUUCUAGUCAAGAAUCUCUAUCUUUCUUGCGACCCAUACAUGAGAGGUCGGAUGCGUAAUUUUCAUGGUUCUUACAUUCCCCCUUUUCUCCCUGCUCAGCCCAUUGAAGGAUUUGGAGUGGCAAAAGUGUUGGAUUCUGAUAAUCCAAAUUUCAAGCCAGGAGAUUUCAUUUCAGGAAUCACUGGUUGGGAAGAGUACAGCUUGAUUCACGACACUUCACAGUUGAGAAAGAUUCAACCAGACGAUUCUAUCCCUCUCUCUUACCAUGUGGGACUUCUUGGUAUGCCAGGUUUUACUGCUUAUGUAGGAUUUUACGAAAUCUGUAGCCCAGAAAAAGGAGAACAUGUUUUUGUAUCUGCAGCUUCGGGAGCUGUUGGCCAGCUUGUUGGACAACUUGCCAAGUUACAUGGCUGCUACGUAGUUGGAAGUGCUGGAAGUAGCCAAAAGGUCGAUCUUCUAAAGAACAAGCUUGGAUUUGAUGAAGCUUUUAACUACAAAGAGGAGGCAGACCUAGAUGCUGCUUUGAAAAGGUACUUCCCACAAGGCAUUGAUAUCUACUUUGACAAUGUGGGCGGGGACAUGUUGGAUGCAGCUUUGCUCAACAUGCGGGAUCAUGGUCGUAUAGCUGUUUGUGGAAUGGUGUCACUACACAGUUUCUCUGAUCCAAACGGGAUCCACAAUUUGUUUUGUCUUGUACCAAAGCGCAUCAAGAUGCAAGGAUUCUUGCAAAGCGAUUACUUGCAUAAGUUCCCAUUGUUUUUGGAACAUGUCACUGAGAAUUACAAACAGGGGAAGAUUGUGUAUAUUGAAGAUAUGAAUGAAGGUCUAGAAAAUGCUCCAGCUGCUUUUGUUGGACUGUUUUCUGGAAAAAAUAUUGGCAAGCAGGUCAUAUGUGUAGCCCGAGAGUGAGUGUUGCUUAAGAGGUUGCAUUGAUUUAGGGAUGGACGACCCUCGUUUUAGCAGCUACAAUGGUUCUUUCUUUUAUUCAACUUUGUAUGUUUCAUUUGUGCGUGCAAGGUAACUUUCUUUUCUUUUUUUUUGUUCAAGAUGGAAAAAAUAAUGUAGGGAUAAUGCUCAAACCUUACCACUUUAUUAAAUUGUUUUUGGUUCAACAGAGACGGAUACUUUCAAGGGCUAGGGAGUGGCUAUGGCCCCCCAAACUUUGAAAACCCUCAUAUUAUAAUUUUUUAUAUCAAAUUAAAAA